AUGGCUUGGGUGAUCAGACAGCCGGCGUGCCAAAGCAGAACGUUCUGGCGGAUGACCCCACAACUGGUCCUUCGAAGCAGCCACAGAUACUGCAGCGGCCUGGGGAGAGGUGCCGGUGAGAAGGUUCGUACUGCACCAGCUGCUCCGCUUGUUCUUGAUGUGGUGCACUACGUUCCGCGCUUUCCAGUCGACGAGGUUCUCCUCACUGACCUCCAGCAUUCUGACUUGGUGUCCCCCUUUGGAAAUUGGGCAAUGAAACAGGACACAGGUGAGGAGCCUCCUGUCAGAGCCGACAUUUCACAGGGUUUACGCUUGUUGGUGCUACUUCGGGUGACGGUGGAGAAGGCAUCAGGGUACAAAUCAUCAAAAAAGACGUUCUUUGUGCCUUUCUUGGUGGACACAGGAUGUCCACAGACCUUCCUUUGCAAAGCGGACUACGAAAAGCUUGGCAUCGGCAAUGCUAAUAACACCUACAUUGAAGGCUCUUUUGCACAGCCGUAUGAGUCGGUGGGGCACUUUGAGGACAUCAACUUGCUGGGAACCGACGUGCUCAGGAAGACCAACCUCUUUGUCGACUAUCAAGCGGGCAAGUUGCAUCUUGGUUUCUUCGAACAAGGCACGACCUCAACCUCAUCCGUUUUCUGGGUGAGGGAGCUGAUCCGCAAGGACAAACAGCUCACGGUCGAUGACGGCGAGGAGUUUGAGCCCACGGGCAAUGCGUUCCAAGUGAAAGGAGCUUUCGCCAACUUGGAUGACCUGAAGGAAGGAAUAAAGAACAAGGCGGAGCUCUCCAUUCCUUCGUUCAAAAUUGACAUAUACAGCCAGGAGGAUGACAGGAACUGGGUGAAGGAAGAAACGAUGUCAGCAAGUCUGCGCGACACAACUGAGUCAGAUUGCUACGGGUUCACGCUGCCACAAAAGACGGACGAUGUGUAA